GGAACUUAAUAUCAACAUUGUAAAACUAGUUAAAGAUACAAGUUGAAUGAGGUGGGUGGGGUGUCUGAGCAUUGAUCGGAACAGCACCGCCGCGUCUCACUUUUUUGGGUCACAGAACGUCUCCAAUAAAGUUAUGAUUGGAUAAAUAUCAAUUAAUCAGAAAUUUUAUCCACUUGCCUCGUUUUCUACGUUAUCUCGUUUUUUCUCCUCUUAAAUCUUCUUCCAAUUAUUAUUAUUAUUAUUAUUAUUAUUAUUAUUAUUGUGUUUUUCUCUCAAGGAAAAAGAAACGAAGGGAAAGGGAAGAAAAACUUUAGCAAGAUGAUGAGAAGACAACAGGAUCAACAAUCUAAGCUUCUGUACGAGCUUUCGACUUUGAUUCUUAAUGUUCUCCAAGCUCCAACGAUGCAGUUCGAGUUCUCUGGUCAGUCUCCAGUUAUACAACGCAGUACACAGUCUCCACCAGCGAGGCCGAUGCAGCCAAUUACCCCGGCGGGCUUUGCUUCCCUGCUUCUGGGUAUUUCUAUGUCUUUGAUGCUCUGCGGAUCUGUAACUUUCUUCAUUGGGUUUUUCAUGAUGCCAUGGAUUCUUGCGUUGGUGAUGGUUUUGUAUUUAGCUGGAAUUGUUUCUACUUUGUCCAUGAUUGGACGAGCCAUUUUCUGCCCUAUGCCGUCGUCACAAUCGCCACGAAAAGAUGUUCAACGUAAGGAUUGUUCUCCGCUGCUGUUUUUCGAUUCUAGAAUGUAAAAUAUUUUGAAGCAAUAUAACAUUUGUAUUGGGACACAACAAGGGUGUGGAGGAUGGUUGAACUCUUUGCUUGGUGCAGUUUCCUGCAAUGUUUAAAGAAUGGAGGCAGAUCUUUACAUUGCAUGCUGGUCUUUAUUGCAGGAGGACAGCUUAAGCUUUUGAAAGUGAAAAUAUUUGAUUACUUACAACAUACUGGAUAGGAAGACUCAAAAUGGAUGUGCCACGUUCUUUUAUCACACUAUUUUAUCUUGGUUCAUUAUGUUGCAUUUCUUGUGCCUUUAGAGAUGUAGAAAUGAUAUCUGGGUACAUUAUGUUGCAUUUCUUGUCCGCGAGGCAUAAUUUGUAGUUUGAAUGUCCUUGAGCUAAGUCUUACCUCUAAGACAAUAGUUGUAGAACAUCUCAUAAAUUAAAAUACAAUGUGGUAGUGUUAA